AUGCCGGUACAAUGUCUAAUGUCCACCCAUGAAAUUGAACAAGCUCCUGCAUUCCAAGCCUUGUCUUAUACGUGGGGUCAAAAGAUCGAACACCGGAUUGGAUGCGAUGAUGUUGAACGCAAUAGUAUUAGGGGCGGUGGCCAUUACGUAUCCAUUCAUGAGAGCUUAUGGUUGGCGCUUCAAAGACUGCGGCACGAGACAGAAGAACGAAUCUUGUGGAUUGACGCUAUAUGUAUCAGUCAAGUGAAUAACGCCGAGAGAAAUGACCAGGUUCUAUUGAUGCGGAAGCUGUUUCACAAAGCUGAGAGCGUUAUCAUUUGGCUCGGGGAAGAGUCGCAUGACAGCGCCGUUGCUUUUGAUUUAGUUUCUCGCAUAGUCGCUGCUGCUGCCACUGAGCAGGCGCGUAGCCCUGUUAACGCCAAACAAGUUGUCAAAGCUCAGGACCUCGGCGGCCUGGCUCUUCUAGAGUACUCCAGCCCAGCAUGGGAAGCCCUAAAUUCCUUGUUCUGGCGUCCUUGGUUCAGUCGUGUAUGGGUCAUCCAAGAGGUCACGGUGGCGAGAGGCGCCUCGGUUCUAUGUGGGCCAAGCCAUUGCCAAUGGUGGCAUCUCACUACGACAGCAAGAUAUAUUGAAGACCAUUCUUUGACUGCGAUAACGCGUGUCGACCCACAAACAGCCAUCAAGUUUGCAGACCUUGGCCAGAGAUUUCGUGAAGGACCGCCCCAUUUGCUCUUGGAGCUGCUGUCACAGGCUCGAGAUAGCUAUUCGACAGAUGACAGAGACAAGAUUUUUGCUCUACUUGGUAUUGCUGGAGAUGCAGAGUACAGCUUGCUGAAACCAAAUUACAAGAAACCCUUAGUUGACGUUUACACUACUUUGACAAAACAUUUGAUCGAAAGAGAUCGGAGCCUUGAUGUAUUGAGCGCUGUCGAGGAUCGACAAUUCCGCUUGAAACGAGACCGAGAACUAGACAAAAAGAUCGAGGGUCUCGAAGGAAAUGAGCUUCCCAUGAAUAGUCAGCUUCCGUCGUGGGUGCCAGAUUGGGAAGUGCACAGGCCCUCAUCUCCGUUCGUACUACAUCCAGCAUUUGCCACAAUGAAGGCAGCUGGAUCAACACAGGCAUCGUGCACUUUUUCUACUGAUGGUCUUACAUUGCUUUCCCGCGGAAUCGCGUUCGAUCAAAUAGCAUACGUGGGCGAUCCCUUCAUGGAAGCGGUGCCAGCUCCAAGGUCACUUUUUCCACAGCCACCCACAACUAAUGUCAGGUUACGCACUCGAAUUGCUCAUACUGCGAUAGAUUUCCUAACGGAACAACGUGGAAGACAGUGGGAAAAGUUGGCCCGCGACCUCAAAAUUUAUCCUACAGGUGAAGACAUCUUAGACGCUUUCAUCAGAACUCUAGUUGCAGGCGAUGCUUCCUUCCUCGGCCUUCCACAAGAGAGGCUGCGGGCCCAUUACACUGCUUGGCGUAAGUACUGGCGUAUAGCGGGCGUGAACGACCCAAACUUUGUCCAUACCGCGUAUGAGAGGAACGUCGCAGACGAAAUAACACUGGCAACCCAGUUCCUGCAGGGCCAACUCAAAGCCGCUUAUGGCCGGCGAUUCUUCACCACCUCAAAUAAAUAUAUGGGAUUGGCUCAGUCGGGAGUGCGAAUAGGUCAUGCCGUUGUUAUUUUACAUGGAGGCAGGACGCCGUACUUAUUGCAGAGGGUAGGUAGCAGUGGAUACAGGUUCGUAGGGGAGUGUUACGUUCAUGGACAUAUGAAUGGCGAAGCACUCACUAAGCCGAUACCGGAACAGGAAUUUGCAAUUCGGUAG